CAAGGCCCGGGACGGGACGGGAGUGAAUAACCCGCUCGGCAUCGGUGCCGCGCCGAGCGCGCGCUCACCGCUCAGUAGUAGUAAGCUGGCUGUGGUGGAAGUGGGAGGUCUCUGGUACCCCUCGCGCGCGUGUGUCUUUGAGAACGACUCUUUGUGCUCUCAGUUAUUCUAGCACUUGUUUUUAAAGUUAUCAGUCAGCGCUCAGCAACGGAACUUCGAGGAAUAAGACAAGAUGGUGUGGGAGCCCAGAGGAUGUUGCUGUUUCGACCUACGAACAGGGAGUCUUAUUCUAGGAUCCUUAGUUCUGGCUUUCAGCGUCCUUGGUCUAAUACUCAGCAUCAACACAGUGGUCAACGUCGAUGUGGACCUCGAGAUCAGUAAAGUGUGCGCGGAUGAGAAAGUGAACGAGGCCGUCGAGGACUGUCAUUCGUUACUUAAGAACAUCGUGAUCGGCUUCAUCGCCUCUCGGUUCAUCAUUGACAUUGUCGUCACCAUUCUGAGCAGUCUCCUCAUUCAUGGCAUCAGAAAGAACAUGACCAGACUCCUGAUUCCCUUCAUGGGCAUGCAAGUGCUUGCAAUCAGUGUCUUGAUGCUGCUUGCUCUUGGAUUGCUGGGAAUCAGUGCUGUUGUCGGUUUAUGGAAAGGAUUCUUUAUUGUCCUCGUCGUCUUUGGGUCAAUUAUCUUCCUGGAAACAUACUUCCUGCUAGUGAUCAGAGCUUUCUAUUACGAGAUGCGGCGAGCCAAGGCACACGUUCAUAUUGCUCUAAAGGACGAGGGUGGCUUCGCAGAGAGUCAGAAGUAUUACGAAUCCAAACCGGGCCACUACUAGGGCGCAUCUCCCUCCUGGAAAAUGUCAUUGGCCCGGAUGCCUGAAAGAUGACCGAAGUUCCCCUUCUGAGCGGCACUGAGUGUCCUUCCUGGGACCUUUAAGUCCCCUGAUGUGUUGUAGGGCACACGAUAACGUCAAAUCUUAUUCAAAAGAUUGGAGUAUAUGAUGAUACAGGCAAAUGGUCACUGAGGAUCCUAGUGAUAUGGCGAGUGGUAUCUAGACAUAUUCAAAGCAUUUUUCUCUCUCACUUUCCCACAGUCCAGUAGCAAGUCAGCGGCUUCCAUCGGCGAAAGAUAUCAAGAGAUCUGCCUUCAGUGUUAGGCUAUUUUUUCGAUUAAUUACCUACGUUUUGUUCAAGUACAGCAUUCACUUUGAUUUAAAUUCUCGUAUGAUUAUAAAAUGGUGAUGAUGUCAUGGCAAGCUAAAGUAGAAGCAUCUUUGACAAUUGAGAAUCAAUAUACGUUUGUGAACUUUUACAGCUCGUGACCCUAAUGAUGAUGAUAAAAUAGGAAGAAAUGCGUAGUCCUGAAUAAUUGUGUCGCUUAAAACUAAGUGGUUGAAAAGCUUAAAGCUAACGUUAGCGAUAUUUUCCUUAGACGGCACAUGGCUCUCUGACAUCGAUGAAGAUCGCACGUUUUAAUUAACUUGUUGACGGUAUUUCAAGAUGUUCGUCAUUAAAAAGAAUGUGUCUAAUCGGUCCUUGGGGAGAACUCUGAAACAUUUCGAUUCCCAACCCGUUUCCCAAAUACUUUAUGGGAAUUGUCCUCUGCCGUCAUUAUGAGGUUAAAGGAAAAUGAGAGCACAUCGGAUUUACGACGUUAAAAUUUCUGCUGUCAAAGAAAGCAUGACUAAAAGAUAGAAAAUUCUGGGGGAAACCAACUGCUGAAUUGUCGAGCACGAAGAUGAACCUAAUGUAUCUGUACGCACAAAAAUGAAAACGAGAAAGCAUUUAGGCAUUGGAUAUCCAAAUUGAUUGAGCAACAUCAUUCGUCCAAAAAGGCCGAGGAAGAUAGAGGACACAUCUAAUAACAGAGAACGAUUUAUUUCAAAUAUUGUUAGGGUAACUCAAAACAAUUACAUAGGCGUUUAUCGCCAUGCAUCAGCUGGAUGAGUUCAGAAGUAAUACAAAUAUGGAAGACGCUUCAUACACGAAGUAAUUACAGUUUCAAUGUUUUCAUACGUCCCUUGAUUUGAAUUACCUGAAUGAUUCACUGUAAGCUAAGAUUAUUUUCUUUAUAACGUAAGGGAGAGAUAUUUAGCUAUUUUGACUUAUGAGAGUAUAUGCACAGUAGUUUGACGUAGCAGAAAAUAGGACUAAUCACUAAUGGUUAGUUUAUAUUUUGUAUACAUUCGUAUACUGAUGUAUCCUAUAUAUAUUUCACAAUGACUGUAAUGUCUCCUAAGGUUACUGUAUUCAGAAUUAUAGUAUUCAGAAUUAUAGUGGCCUUUGUAUCUUUACUUUUUUGGAACCUAGAGCAGUAAUAUUUAUGUCUGGGAAAGGUAGUAUUUAGAAUUGUCCUAAAUGUUGCUUUGUUUAAUUGAUUACCUGUAGCUUGUUAUAUUUGUGUUCCCUUCUGUCAUGAGUCAAUAUUCGCUAACCGGUUUUUACAAAUGGUCUUUGAGAUCGCCUCCUGAUAAAUUUCACCUAAUCUUCCAUAAGCGAAGCAGUCACUACUUCGAAUGUUCUUAUUCUUAUCUGUUAAAAAGUAAGCCCAAUUUUAGCCCUCGAUCAACAGUCAUUUUGAAAAAUAGUUAGUCUAAGAUCUGUUAAUCGUGACCAACGAACUUUUUCCGAACAGGUUAAUGGUUUUUUUCAGUUUUCUAAUUCUCGUCUGGCAUUGAACAGGGGAGAAAUUAGAUUAAUCAACAAACUUUUUCUACAUCUUCUUGUCUGAAAAAUGUUCUAUUUUCAGAAUUACUUCUGAAUAAAAGUUGACGUGAAUAA